GUGGCAGAAGGCCAUGUUUUUUUGCACAAGGAGGCGCUGCAACAACUGUUCGCUAAGGGGCCGGAGAAACGCAUCGUGACGGCACAGGAAGUCUCGCGCUGCACCGCUGUGGAGCAGGAGUGUUGGAAGCUGGCGGCGGAGGCCGAGCUCGCUACGAACUUCCUCAAGAUGGGUGCUUUUCACGAGUCUACGCCGGCCGAGCGAGCUGCGCGCGGGAAGCCGCCGCCGAUGACGUGCGCGUGGUCUCAGACAGAGGACCUCUACAAAUGCAGGGCGUGUGUCUGCGGGAACAUUGCAGAGCCAGGUUGUGGGCAGAGGAGCGAGACAAGAAACUUCGAGACCUUCGGUGAGCAGAUCCAGACUCUUGCAACAAUCGCGUGUUCUAUCUGGAGCAGAGCACAGCUGACUUACAGGUGGUACAUCAAGGACACCGCAGACACUUCGAAGCAGGUGCUUGGCGUACUGGUGGUUUAUGCCGAUGAUCUUCUGGUGGUGACAGAUCUGGGAUCCAUGAGAUCUGCUUUCCUGGCCGCUAUGGGAUCGACGUGGACACUUGCCAAAGAGGCCAUUCUAGAGGUAAGCAGACCUCUGACAUUCCUUGGCAUAGACGUCACUCUUCUGCACAAUGGAGACAUCAAGCUUCACCAG